GGACUCGCAGACAGACAGAGAGGCAGAGAUGGGGAAGAAAAGUCGCAUCACGGGAGGAACGGUCGGUCGGAGGACGAUCCUACAGCUGUCUCCUCCCGGUAGUCGCGGCGGGAAUGCAGGAGAGAGAGAAGAAGCGGCUUCGGGAUCUGAUGAUGAACAAGAUGGAGACGGACACAGAUUUGUGAGACGCACAAACAUGAAGGCACCAGCAGUAAAGGCUACAGAGGGCCUGUCCUUGCUUGGAGCCUAUGAGGACAGUGAUGAAGAGGAUGCGGGAGAUCGAGCAACUGCAAAUUCCCAACACAACCAGUCAGCUGAUAUCGACAGCACAUUGGCCAAUUUCAUGGCGGAAAUCGAUGCCAUCACAACUCAGCCAAGUGCAGAUGAUGCAACAUCUCACCCCUCCGUUCCGAAUGCCACCCCACCCAGACCAGAUGCUAGUGCUCAGCAGCCGGCUGCCAGUGAAGGACAGAACCAACAGAGCACAGAGUUUGAGUACAAUACUCAGUACUCAUUAGCUGGAGUUGGUGUAGAGAUGGGAGACUGGCAGGAAGUAUGGGAUGAGAACUCUGGCUGCUAUUACUACUGGAACACAACAACCAAUGAGGUGUCCUGGGAGCUGCCACACUACUUAGCUGAUCAGGUGCAAAGCCUGGGACACUAUUCCAACAGCUCUAGUGUCAAUGGCAAUGGCACAGCCCAUGCAGGUUAUUACACAGAGGGAACGGCUGCCACCCCUGCUGUUGCACCGACUGUUGCCCCUACCGCUGCUGCUGCUGCCCCCGCUGCUCCUGCAGCAGCAGUCGCCGCCCCCGCAUCAGCAAAAGAGACCAAAGCGAAGGAGGUUAUCGAGAGCGUCGUCGGCCUCACCAGUGAAGAGGAGGAGCGUCGAGGAGUGGCUGCGUCUCUCCUUGGCCCUCUGAUCCCCUCUGAAGUGAAAGAAGCAGAAGAAAAAUGGAGAAAAAGACUGCUUAAAGGUGUUGAUGAGACUGAGAACAGUUUGGAUUCUGACGGAGAGGGUGUUCGGCCUGUUGGAUCCCCUUCUACACCUCUGCGGGAUUCAGACUCGGCCCCCACCGUGCAGAAAGAUCAGAGCACCAAGAAGCAAUCUGGAGACAACUCAGAAGCUGAUGAGGAGACAGAGGAGGACACAAUGGAGCUGGAGUUGGCUCUAGAGAGGAAAAAGGCUGAGCUCCGCGCACUGGAGGAGGGCGAUGUGAGCGCUGGGGGCUCCAGUCCUUGUUCUGAGACCAGCCAAGAUGCUUCACGUGGUGUCCUGCUGAAGAAGAACCGAUGGAAAACCGCCUUCCCCUGCGUUCCCAGCCCCGACUCCAACAGCAGAGGCUCCGACCUACCUGAAAACACAGAAACACCACUUCCUAAAGUCUCAGAAAGUGUUGAGGACGGAGAGAACAAGGAAACGGACAGUUCUGAGGACAAAACGGUUUCACAACCUCCUGCCAAAGAGGAGGGGGAGACGCCCGAGCUCAAAGUGGAAACACCUGAGCUCAAGUUUCAGAUUGGAGAACUGGCCAACACCCUAACCAGCAAGAUGGAGUUCCUGGGGAUAAACAAAAAGGCGAUCUCAAACUUUCAGUUGCUUCUGCUACAAACUGAGACACGGAUUGCUGACUGGAGGGAGGGUGCUCUGAAUGGAGUCUAUCUUCGCCGCAGGCUGCAGGAAGCUGCCGAACACAUAAAAUAUUACGAACUUAACGCCACCCCUAAAGGCUGGUCCUGCCACUGGGACAGAGAACACAGGCGGUAUUUCUAUGUGAAGGACCGGACCGGUGCCUCCCAGUGGGAUUUCCCAACAGAGGAUGACAAGGAGGAGGACCUGAAAGGCAGCCAAGGUACCCAGACACAGACUUCAAGCCAAGGGGAUCCCAAACCACCACCUACAUCUGCUGGUGGGUUCACAGGAUCUUCUACUUAUGUUGCGCCACCACCACCACCUCAACCCAGCGCAUCAUCCUUGUGGUCCCCAUCGCAACCUCCGCUUCCUGACAGCCCUCCUCCACCUUCCAGCUGCCCCCCACCUCCACCUCUCCCCCCAGACUCACCUCCUCCUCCUCCUCCACCUCCUGACAGCGACGGAGAGAUCAUGGAGGUGGAAAUGGAGAUGGACGAUGAUAACGACGAGGAACCUCCAGCUCCUGGAACUGAGGACGACGGCAGCGGGAGGCCUCCUUUGCCUCCUGGCAUCGCCAGCACAAAGAUUGUUGAGUUGUCGGGCCCAUUGGGGAAGGGUCAAAAACGGAAAGCUGGUCAGCUGAAUAAAGCCAUUACUAUUGGCAGCAGUCCCAUUCUCUACACCCAGGCACCGGCCAGUGCAGCCCCUCUGAUGUCAGCAGCUGCCUACUGGGGUGUGCCGGCUGUCGCUGCCCCUUUGGUCCCCUGCGAACCUCCCGCCCCACCUGUCCCGGCCCUGCCUCCUCAACCACCGCUGCCACCAUCCCAGCCACCCUUUGAACCUCCUUCAGCCAAAGCUUUGCCCAUAGACAAGACCAAGAAAGCAAAAAAAGACAAGUCAAAGAAGAGUAAGACCAAAAUGCCUUCCCUGGUGAAGAAGUGGCAGAGCAUCCAGAAGGAGCUGGAUGAGGAGGAAAAGAGCAGCUCCAGUGACGAAGACCGAGAGCAGAUCAACAAGAAGUGUAUCGAGGAGUGGAAGCAGCAGCAGCUCGUGACAGGAAAAGCUUCAAAGAAUGCCAACUUCGAGGCGCUUCCCGAAGACUGGCGGGAACGGCUGAAGAAACGGAAGAUGAUGAACAGCACGUAACAUCCAGCCUGGGUCACACGCCGCCCAGACAGUGUUUUUAAACCCACUCCAAGCAUUACCAUAAGGUUAUCCUCCCCAGCUUAACUUCUCUUUUAUGAUCAUUGGACUUACUGUGUUCACGACGGAGACAUUUAAAAGCCCUUACAUGGCAGGCCAUUCACACAGAGGGGUUUGAAUGUCCUUUUUCUGGUUUUUGUAGCCACGACUGUAAAUGUGCCAAAUGUCUUGAGUUGAUCGUUUUAUCAAUAUUUGGCCACCGUUUUUUGUAUGGACCCCAUGUAGAUGACCACCACAGUUUGUUUGGCAGGACUGUUUAUUUUAUUGAGCCUUUUUACAACUCUGUACAUAAACUGUAUAACGGGAUAAGCCAUGUUUGUGGAAGGGGAAGGAGUGUCAUUGAACUUGUAUAUUUUGUAAAAACUUAUUAAAACCUUUUUCCAAAGCU